CCGUCCUCUUAUGUACUUCCGCUCUCUCACAUCUUUCACCUCGGACGGGUAAUUUCAGCCAUGGCGGCUUAGGCUACUGCGAUAGUGCAUCGCUCGCCGCAUCACUUCCCGUCGUCAAUCCCAAGGCUUGCCGUCGUGUUGUCUGUCAGCUGCCAACUGUACAUCACCGAUCGUCCCCAACCUUCUGGAGAGGAGGGAGACGGACGUAGCCAUACCCGUUCUCUCUAUACCCGCCGUAGCUUUCUUCGUUAAUGGCGUCGUCUGGCGGCGGGGUUUCCGGCGCGUCAGGCGGCGGGGAUCCCGGCGCGAGCUGGUUAUCUUUACUCCGCGCGCUUCUCGCGCAGGAGGAGGUUCUCUUCGGCAUCUUGCUCGCCGGCAGCGCGACGCAGGCCUGGUGGCAGCUCUACGGCGUGUCGCGCUCGCUCAAAACGCUCAAAUCCGCGCGCGAAUCGACCAUCGCGGAGCUCAACGGGAUCCCGCCGCCACGUGGACGAGAGCCAUUGGUUGGCGGGGAUUCGGGGGCUUCGGGGGGGGGGAAUGCUGGCGGAAGCGCCGGCUGGCGGCGGUGGUGGUCUAGGCGCGUAUCGCCGGAAACACCGGAGCAGCGAGCCAGCGGGUCAGGCGGCGGAAAAACCGGCGGCGGCGGUGGGGUCAGAGGUGCUGACGUCAUCAGGGGCGCAGGUGACGCAGCGGCAGAUAGUGGCAGCAGCAGCAGCAGCAGCAGCAGUGGCGGGUUGAGAUGGCUGCUGCUUGGAGGGAGAAGCAAGGGCGACGGGUCGACGACAUCUAAUCCGGCCGUAGAGUCAACCAAGUCAGCCGUAGGGUCUUCCUCUAAGGGGCAGCUGCCACAGGGGCAACCGCAGGGGCAGCGGCAGGGGCCGUCGGAUGCAAGCGAGCUAGCAGAUUACACCAACCCGCACGAGCUAGUGCUCGUCAGAGGCUCCGUGCAGCUCUCCUCUCCCCCUCCCUCCUCCUCCGCCUCCUCUGCCUCCUCCUCCCCAUCAGUUUCCGGUUCCCAAUCAGCUGCAGAAAGAGGGUCUCUGGUGGUGGGGGGGGGCUCAAGAGCCAGGCUUGGAUCUCAUCUCGCGACUUUCUCUGUGCCGUGCUCCCCCCUUGUGCCGAUGCACGGCGCCAAGCAGCCCUGCGCUGUGGUGGAGCGGUCAGACGUGAUGCUCUAUUCCGAGCUGCACCCGCUGCUGGGCUGGGUCAUCAAGGCAGACCAAGUCAACCUCGUCAGACAAUCUGUCCCCUUCUCUCUAGCUGACACCUCACACCCAUCAGCGCCACGUGUCGACAUCUCAUUGGUCGGGGCUUCACAGCCACUGCCCCUGGACACCGUGUACAGUCACAUGCACAAGGCAGAGCCCUCUUGGGGUGCCACCGCCAUGCAUGUGCUUAUAGGGAAGCGCCUUCCAGUGGGCCUGCGCACGGACGAGCGGGUGCUGCCCAUCAAUCAGGAGGUGACAGCUGUCGGCCAUGUGAGGCGCGGAUCCGACGGCCGCCCCGCCAUCUUCGCUUCCCAGCGCCUUCCCUACUUCCUCUUCCCUGAGACCAAGGCGGGCAUGAUUCAGAAGCUGAACCAGCGGUGGGGGGCGCUGCUCGGAUGGGGCGUGCUGCUGUCGGCCACUGCUGCAGGCGUCAUUGGCCUUGCUGUGUGGAGAACAUAUCGUCGCCGGCAGGCCAGGCGGCAGCAGCGGCAGCAAGUGGAGCAGGCAGAGCUAGAGCGAUGGAUGCAGAUCCUCUCAGACAGACAGCAGCAGACAGCAGGAGCAGGAGCAGGAGGAGCAACAGGAGAAGCAACAGGAGGGAGAGGACAGGUUGUGGCAGACGGUGGAUUGGUCCUAAACUCGCACAGUGGUGCGAUAACAGCUUCGCCCUCAGACUUAGAAAGGAGUCUGGAGAGUUUGAUCCGCGGUGGGGAUGCGGAUGAGGAGGUGGUGGGGGAGGAGGUGCAAAGUGGGGAGCUGUGUGUGGUGUGCUUGCAUCGCAAGCGCAAGGCGGUGUUUAUACCCUGUGGCCACAGGGUGUGCUGCCUGUCAUGUUCAAGGGUUGUGCGAGUGGAGCAGGCGUUGUGUCCCAUUUGCCGUGGGCAAGUUCUAGCUGCUUUUCGUGUGUAUGAUGCUUGAAAUUGGCACCGGUACUAGGUACUACUAGUAUCAACAUGUUUUGAAAAGUAUACCGUGUGUUGGGAUGAAAGUUCUCACU